UCCGAAAGCCCCGACUCGCGUUUGCCCCGAUAGGCUCGUCGUGUAAGCGCGGGUGCGGGAACUUCAAAUGUCAAGAUUGUCGACAUUACCAAGACCAAGAGAAUCUGUGUUUGCAGGCGGCUUCGACCCAUAUCGUGGCGAUGUUAAUGUCGUUUGUCCACCAAACCUACGCGAGUGCGUCCUUGCUAUGGAAGAUUGCUGCGAGGAAGCGCAUGAAGCUCAACAACUUCUUCGAAACGGGACAUUCGAUCUGCCCCGCAUGCGCAAAGUCCUUGAAAGCCAAAGGGUAUUCCUUCUAAUCGACGAGGGCACAGUGCACAGAUAUAAAGCUGAUCUUGCAGACGAGAUUGAGCCUCAGAUCAAUGAACUUAUCGACCGUGCAGAGAAAGGUCUCGGCGCUUUGACUCGUCGAGAGGGCUUGAUUCAAAGCAAAGUUGAAGCUGCACAGGCUAUGCAGUCUAGAGUCGCGACGGCACCCACCUCAAAUAAGCGUGAAGAAAGGCGUCUGCAAAUGCUUGCAAAGCAACGUCGGCGACUAGAAGAUGAAGUAAAGGUUUUGGAAUCAGAGAUACUGGCCCAUACAGGGAACAAGCGUAACGCUUCGCGCUCCUUUGGGGUACCUGCAGCGCCUUGAUUUUUUUCGAUAUUAUGCAUACAAAACUGUACUUAUUCUGUAUUUUUUUUCUGAUGUGGUAAAUUUGACUCAAUUAGUAUGCAAAACUGA